UCUUAGGCGCGUCGCUCGGCAUUUCGUUUGGCCUCACUACGGAGACCGAAAAGGGAAGAAAUGUGCGCACGGGCGGUGUGGCUGGCUUUUCGGGCCCCGCUGGGCGGGCGCCGGGGCUUCACCUGCCAGGCGGAUUCUCAGGGAAGCGGUCGGAUCACGGCCGAGGUGAUCGAGCACCUGGAACGUCUAGCGCUGGUGGACUUCGGCAGCCGCGAGGCGGUGGUGCGGCUGGAGAAAGCCGUCGCCUUUGCUGACCGGCUCCGCGCGGUGAACACCGAUGGGGUGGAGCCCAUGGAGUCGGUACUGGAAGACAGAUGUCUGUACUUGAGAUCCGAUAAUGUAGCAGAAGGCAACUGUGCUGAAGAACUACUGCAAAACUCCCAUUUCGUGGUGGAAGAGUAUUUUGUGGCCCCCCCAGGUAAUAUCUCUUUGCCAAGGCUGGGUGAACAAGAGCCUUCUCAACAGACCUGAGUAGCCAUUCUGGGAAGGGGAUACCCAGUGAGCAUGUGGAAGAGCAAUGAUGGUAUUUUGUUAUUGUGAACCCUAUCCCACUUGUUCAGUCACCUAAAAAGAAAAAAAUGGAUGUUUAGUCA